CCUACAAAUUAAUACAUACAGAGGCAUGACUAACGUAUUGAGUACGUUUUCAAUAAAAUGACGAUAUCUUUUAACACUUGUAGAACUUGGUAAAAUUCGAGUGGUCAUGAGCGGCGGAAUUCGGGAAUACAAUAUAUGGAAGUUAAGUGCGUGUAUAAGGUUAAUGUUUCGUGUUUGCGGUGUUUUGUUUAAUUUACUAUUUAUCGUUCGUUUUGAACUGUGGUUUGUGUAAUGUGGAAUCUUUUCGUUCUGUCAACGUGUAUUCGUAUUCCUUACAUGCCUAAUUUUUUACACGCACACAAUGACUGUUAAUGAAUUCCUGAGAUACUACGCGUCAUGUGGGGUUAUCUUGUGAAAUUUCGUAACUGUACAAAAAGAAACAUAAAUAAACAAUCGCGUAUAAUUUAGAUCGUUUAAGUAAGUUUCCUUCGUGAUGGAUAUUCCGGCGACACAAAUUUGCGACGACUAUGAUUUUACUCCGACGCAGAAAUUGUCUCAUUCUACGCAGAAUGAUGCAAGCCGAGAUGGAGUAAUACAGGUGGGAACAUUGAGUAUUGGUUCCAACACGUACCCAAUUAAGAAAGGAAUUACCACGAUUGGCAGACUACCAGAAUGCAGUAUCGUGUUAACUGAUCAGACGGUGUCUAAGAAGCACGCAGAGAUCGAGGCCAACAGUCGUGAAACAGCGUGGAUCUGCGAUCUGAAUUCCUCCAACAAAACGAGGCUCAAUAACACGAUUUUAAGGCCAGGCCGAUGUUACGAACUGAAAGAUGGAAACGAACUCAACUUUGGCACGGUACACGCAAUUUACAAUGUGUAUCCUCCAAUGGACGAUUCCGUGGUCCCGGAAACACCGGCACCAAAUCGUCAAAAAAAUAUGAUCAUUCCAGGAACACCUGACUCGUCAUUGAACAAUUCGUCCAUUUCGGUGGGAAACGACUCUAUUAUUCCUUCCACGCAAGCUGACGUUGAAGGAGCCGUGUUUCGACGUCCAUCUGCGCCUCAGCGUAACUCUAGCAGCACCAUUAAGAAGACUGUAAUUCGUGAUUCCUUUUCUGAAGACAGCACGAUUUACCAAGAUGUACCAAGUGACACUGCGCAGGAACAGAGAAAUGGCGAACAAAGGGUCAGUAUUCAUGAUGUAGAGACGCAGAAGGCGUUCGAAUCGCAUAACGAAACGGAUAUCCAUGACGUUGAAACUCAAAAGGUCUGCUUAAACGACAUCGCAACUAUUGAAAAACAUGUCCGCAAGAAGCCAAUUGACAUUCAUGAUAUGGAAACGCAACACGAUGAGAAUAUAGAGACGCAAAAUGCCGUUGAUAUCCACGAUAUGGAGACUCAACUUAAUAUAGAUAUCCAUGAUAUAAAAGCACCGAACAAGAUCGGACAUCAUGAUGCUUCAGCACGAAAUGCUGAUAUUAACAUUCGUGAUGUCGACAAAUGUAAGACAGAAGAGAUAGGGUUAGCAGAUGAGAGUAAAAGCAAUAACGAUAAGGAAGAUAUAAAAGAUAAUGAAACGAAAGAGGGAAAAUACUCUUCCAAUAAUGCUGAUACUCGAGAUGAUAAAUGUGAAACAUUUCAAACAGUUGUACAUAUAAAAGAAGAGCCUACUACGUCCGAUGAACAUACGAAAGAUGAUCAAAAAAGUUCACAGGAAUGUUUGCAGUUAUCGCUUUCGACAAAUUUCGAAGAUGACUGUUCAGAACUUGAUAGAAGCCGCGCUUUAGUUAGUUCGCAAAAUUUAUUAGAGGACUUGCUUGGGGAUGAUGAUCCACUGAAUAUGUCAAAAUUGAAAUCAUCGACGUCUGAAAUAACUGACAAGAGCACCGACGAAGAGAACAUAUUUGACGCUGCAACGCAAGUCAAAAAUGAAGAUGAAAAUAUUUUCGAAGCCGCCACUCAACGCAUUAAUUACCAACCCAAAGCUUCUCAGGUGGAAGACGACUCCGACGAGUCCAAUCAAGACUGUUUAUUCCAAAGAUACUCGCGCAUUGCUAGUCAAGAUAGUCAAACCCCUUCGAAGAGUCAAUCAGUCGAUAGCGAAGAUUCGGACACAGAUGAAGAAGGUCAUUUCGCAGAAAUAGCUGUGAAAGAAAAACGAGCAUCCGCGUCGUUCGAAGUGCGACUGAACGGAAGUAAGGAAGCUACGAGCGGUGACUCUGAAGAUAUGUUUGAUGUACCUACGCAACGUAUAAAUCGAAAAAGUACAAAUUCAUCAACUACUGUUGUGGAUUUUGACGCGCCAACGCAAGUGAUUCAAACGAAGAAAUCUGAAGAUGUUGCAAGAAUGAAGGAGGUCGACAACGACGACAUGGCAGCGACACAAAUUCUUCCAAUGACUAAAUCUUCUCCAAAAGUAAACGAACUUUCUAUCGAUUUAGCAAGUAGUGAGACAGAAGUAGACUAUAACGCGCCUACUCAAAUAGUUAACAUUUCGGAGAAGGUUUCGGAAUUCGAUAACAACAAAGUGCCCGUUUCUUCUGAUGUGGUAGAGGAUAGGACCGAGGACACUGAUUACGAAAUGGCGCCCACUCAAUUAAUCAGUGAAGUCGACGAAAACGAAUCUGCAUCAACUACUGACGUUAAGAAGGUCGCAGACAAGUCCAGUUUAAAUGAUUCUUUGGAAAAAAAUCUGAAAAAAAUGUUCAGUGAUGUUAUAAACGAUGAUGAUAUAGAAGAGCAUCAGCUGGUGUCAACUCAGGUUCUCACCAACAUGUUACAGUCAUCACAAGGCGAAGAUAAACCCACCAUUAGCCAUUCGCCUAACGAAAAUAAUACAUCGCCGAUAAUUAGUAAAACCAAGAGAUUGCCAAGAAGUAGGAAAAGCAAAAUUGAUAUAGCUUCCAUUUUACCAUCGAAAAGACAACACCGUACGACUAAUUUAACGGAUACCGUCACUGACGACGAAUCACAAAAUACGGACAAUUACUUCACCAAUCUAACCUCGACGCGAAAAAAGAACGUAAUAGGUUCCCAAGAUGUGGAUAGUCCUGUUGCAGACACAUUAGACGAUAAAAAAAAAAGUAAUAAUGAAAAGGAUAAUGUUCGAGGUUCGCCAUCGAUGUCUUCAACACUGGGAACUUCAGAAGUACUAGAAAGAACAGACGUUCCUAAAAGUAACGAAGAGGUAUCAGAAAAAUCUUCCAAAACAGAUAACCAAGUAUCUCGACUCGCUUCUCUAUUAUUGGAGGAAAAUGAUGAUGAUAUUUUAGCCGCGUUUCCUGAAGUUAGAAUCUCAGGUACUCUAUCGAAUCCAGCAAGUCCAACGUUGUCAGAAUCUGGGCAGAAUACUGGCAGGAUGCACUCGAAACGAAGGGGAAAAAAGGCUGAACCCAAAAAGAAAUCCAUUCCACGGAAAUCAACUCGAAAAACACCUAGACGCGAGAGCAACAAAGACACCGAACCUUCUGUUAGCAGGUUGAAUUCUCCGCCGAUUUUGGAAAAGUUUAAUAACUUUAACGUCGACAAAGCGUCUAUAAACGUAGACGAAAGCGAUGACGAGAAAGUAAUCGAAACGUUUAAACAAUCGGUGACAAACACAGCAGCCAAGAAACGUAAAUCCAAGAGUGGAUCUGAAUUGCAACAAAAAUCAAAUUCUUCUAUCGAUUCGCAAGAGGGAGCAAGACAUAGUCCUUCCAUUCAGGGCAACCGGAAAACUCGUAAUUCCAGCAAAGAAAAUGUUGAUCGUUCGUCUGUUUUUCAGGUGGAAAAGGAAGCUCUGGGCGGAAGCGUAGUUACCAAACCUGCGAAAAAUACUACUUUAAGUUCUUCACGUGGCAGAAAGAGAUCGCUCAGCUCGGAGGAUGCUAUUGAUACUAAUAAAACAAAAAAACGUAGAGAAAGUGUCGACGAAGGCCUAUCUGAAACUAUCAAAGACAGGAGAACUAGAACCAGAAAAACUGCCGUCAACAAAAAAAAUUCUGAGACUAUACUUGAUUACAUGACUACGCGAAAUUCACCAGUCAGUAUAGAGACUUCGCGCAACACGCAGCUGUCAUUUAAUCAAGAAAGUAUAAAGUCUAAACAGUUGAUGGUCAAAGUCAUGAGAUUUUCUCCAAGUAGUCCAAUAGAGCAUGUAUCCCUAAGAAGCCAGACAGAGUCUACAAUUGAAGAUAUCGUCAGUAAUGAAACCAAACCAACUCCUCGUACAAGCGUCGUUGAUCGAGCCGCUUCAAAUAAAGCCGCCGCAAUCGAAACUGAAAAGGCUACUUCAAACAUAAGGACGCGAGGAAAGAAGAAUCGAAAAGCAACGAACACUAAACGCCAACUUGAGGUAGAAGUUAUAAAUUCUCAGAGCGAAGAGUCGCAAGAAGUAGAGAUGAUUAUGAGUGCUUCGCUCAUAGAGCAAAGUAUCACAUCAGACUCGGAAAAAAAGAAAGAGGUACAAAAAGAAACGAAAAAUGUCUCAACCAGAAAUACUAGAAAACGUGCGAACAAAUCGACUAACGUUGAUGUGGAUUCCGCAAGUAUUUCCAACUUGGAUACCGUACAGUCUGAAAUGACUACUUUAAGUGAGCCUGUUACUAAAAAAAAGAGGGGCACUCGGCAAUCAACACGUGCUCAAAAUGUUGAUCACAAUUCUUCAUUUUCAACAUCAUCGCCGUUCAAAACAAAACAUAAAAUUUUAUUCACAGGCGUCACAAACGACUUCAGCAAGUUGUUAACAAAAUUGGGUGCAUCGCAAGUCGAAGAUCCAUCCAAAUGUAGUGUAUUGGUUACAGACAAAGUACGGAGAACUUUUAAGUUUUUGUGCGCAUUAGGACAAUCUGUACCAAUAGUUUCGAUUGAUUGGUUGCUUGAGAGUGAACGAGUUGGCCAUUUUUUGGAUGUAAAAAAUUAUAUACUGAAAGAUCCUGCUGCUGAAGCUAAGUUUGGCUUCAAGUUAAGGGGAAGUUUAGAAAAAGCAAAGGAUCAAAAACUAUUAGAAGGAUACACUGUAGUAUUAACACCCAACGUGGCGCCUCCACCCUUACCAGAAUUAAAAAGUAUAAUUACUUCCUGCGGUGGCAAACCAUUAGUACGACCACCAUCAACAUGGCCACAAAAAGCAGUGGUCAUUUCCCAAGAGAGCGAUUUAACGAAUGCAACAAAAUUUAUCGCGAAAGCGCCAAAAACUGUCACUGUUCAAUCAACAGAAUUUUUAUUAACUGGUAUUUUAAGACAGGAGUUAGAUUUUAAUAAAUACAAGCUAAUGUAACUUGUUUCAAUCAUGGCGUUUUUUACAAGCAACACGAAGAUUUCAUAAAUCGGAAGUAACAUGUAUCAUAAGUGAUAUGUGCAGUCUAUUUGUAUAUAAUUAUUUUUUAAAUAUUUUUACAUACAUAGUUCCGUACAAUUGAAUUACAUUGCGUCGGAUUUGGUGGGCGAUAUUUUAAUUUUUCAAUGCAUAAAUAUGUACAUAUAUGUAUCUCACAAAAGUUGUAAAAAUUUGGAAACGUAUAUAAAUUUGUAUAACAUUUGUAAUAUAUUUGAACACGAAAUUGGAUGAGAAAGAAAUGGUUGGAGAAGGUUAAUACAAUAGUAAA